AUGGAAGAUUUUCGAGGUAUAACUGAAGAGUCAUUUCCAAGCUUUUUAACCAAUUCAUUACUUGGUAAUAGCGAGAUUUUGGAAAAUCUAACACUUUCUUCAAAUCUUGGCUUGCCUGUUGCUGUUUCAACACUUGCUAGAAAUAGAUCCAGCACUGAUAAUAGGUGUUCUGAUAUCCAGGCAUCUUAUUUAGUAGAAGAGAGGUCUUCAGUUCCAUCUGAGUCAUCUCCCGUUAGCCAGAGUGAAGCUGAACCAAGAGAGAAGUUACAGCUUAGUUUCCAGGAUGAUGAUGAGAGAAAGAGCCAUAUAGAAAGUCAACAUUUGUCAGAUGCUGUCCUCAAAGAGUCAGCUUUCCCCAACAAUCGAGCAAAAACUGAAGAGGAGGAGGCUAACACUGCAGAAUGCUUUCACAGGCAAGAUCCUUGUGUAAAGAUUUUACCACUGGGCCAAGUGCAAGACGCACCUAUUGAAUUUUGUUUACGAUCGUGGAUGAAUAAUGAGAACAAGAUUGUUGUUCCUGAUGGUGGAAAACAUUUUGAAGACAAGAAUUCAAACAAUGACUUAAGCCAUACUAGUUUAAUAGAAAAUGAAAAACUUAUGUCACUGACAAGCUUGGAUGACUCUUCUGAUGAUGAUAUUGAUGAUGAAGAAUUUUAUGAUGAUCAUUUGGAGGCUUAUUUUGAGCAACUGGCAAUUCCAGGAAUGAUAUAUGAAGACCUAGAAGGACAGGAACUUCCAGAAAAAGAUUUUAGGUUACCUAUAGGUGAUCUCAGUCUGGCAAAUGGAAACGGUAGUUUAAACUAUAAAUUUCAGUCAGAAAAUAACAGCUCUCUGAUUUCCCAUGGCUCACACUCUUCAGGAAAUUCUGAAACAACCCACAGAGAGUCUGAACAAGGUCAUGUUUGUCUCCCUGGGACCAGUAAUUCUGUAGAUAAUGGAAAUAGUAGAAGGCGUGUAGAUGAUGUGUUACCAUUUUCCUCUAAUACUUUGAGAAUUGAAAAAGAGAAAGAAGGGGCAGAAAGUUCAAAGGGUAUUGUUCUACAUCGUGACAGAUCACUAACUAGCGAAAGACGAGCAUGUGAAUGUUACGAGUCCAUUGAAAAGAAGAAAGACCAAGCUGAUCUACCACAGAACGUGGUUUAUCAAAAUGAAGAAGGUAGAUGGGUCACUGACCUUGCAUAUUAUACAUCUUUUAAUGAAGAACAAGAUUUAAAUAUGCCUCCAACGGAUGAAAUGAAUGAAGAAUUCAGAACUGGUUCUGAGGCAUUGGAAUUGAUUGCACAAGAUGAAGAAGAAUUUAAUAAAGAGCACCAAUUUAUGCAGGAAGAAAAUAUAGAUGCCCAGAAUACUUCAGUUGCACUAGGGGAUACGUCGUGGGGAACUUCAAUUAAUUACAAUUUGUUGAAGAAAUCACUUAGCACAUCAGAUUUGAACAAAGACGAUGCCAGUUAUUUACGUCUAUCUUUGGGAGAGUUCUUUGCUCAAAGAUCUGAAGCUCUUGGUUGCCUUGGUGGUGGUUAUAGUGUGAAAAGACCAUCAUUUGGUUAUUUUAUUAGAUCACCAGAAGAGAGAGAACCUGUUGCUUUAAUAAGAAAAUCUGAUUUAUCACAAAGUGAUUUGGACAAAGAAAUGGCUCAUCUUAACCAUGAUUCAUUUUCAGGAGAUUUAAAUGAACACUCCAAUGCACAACUAAGUGAAGGAUCAGUUACACUUCAGGCGGAAGAACUGGACAGUGUUUCACAAGUGGAUGAAAACGAUGUGACAUUAACUGCCAAUAAAGGCAAAACAGAGGACACUUUCUUCAUAAAUAGCAAAUCCCAAAGAUGUAAAGGCGACCUACCUGAUGGUGAUGAUUCUGUACUUAGGAUAAGCACCAUUGCUUCAGCUAUUGCAGAUGCAUCAGUGAGUACUGAUCCUUCCCAACUUGCUGCCAUGAUCAAGGCACUUUCAAAUAAAACCAGAAAGAAGACUUUUCAGGAAGAUGGUGAACAACAGGACGUUUCCAUUGUGUCUCAUUUCAUAUCUAAUGAUUUAGAACAAAGUAAUGGAACCAGUGCAUUUGAUAUGGAGAAAUACCUUAGAAAAACGGAAGUUAGUAGAUGCGAAGGUGGACUGGGAAACUUGUCAAGAACUGGCGUGUCUGACAUUUGGGAUUUAUCUUUGCCAAAAGAACGCACUACACAAGACAUCCAUACAGUGGACUUAGAUGCUACUAGUAUAAGUGUAAGGGAAUCAGAAGAAAAUACACCAGCUGUUUACUAUGGUGAAAGCAGAGAGAGUGAAAACCAGGAAUCAUUUAGAACAACAGACUCUUCAAAUUCAGUUCUUACAAAUAUAAGAGAGAGUGAGAGUGCAAUAGUUGAUGUGAAGACGUAUUCCAUUGACAAAUUACCAGAUACUGGUAAUAGUGAAAAAGCUACCUCAAUAUCCAUCCCAACAUCUAAUAGCUAUUCAUUAGUAAAGAGCCCCUUUUGGCUGUCAGAAGAGCGUGAAGAAAUGCAAACUAAUAGAGAAAAUCAGAGGCAAAAUGAGUAUGUUAGUGAAACAAGUAGCAGUGAAAAGCAUGUGACUUUUGGAAAACAUUUCUUAAUCUCAUCUAAAAAUGUUGAUUUGAAAAAUUCUUCUCCUGAGCAUGGUGGACAUAGUUCAGAAGAUGAUCAGGAUAGCUUCAGACCUUCCACCACUCCACUGAGUCAUUCUUCUCCUAGUGAAGCUUCUGGAACAAGUUUAUCAGGGCGUGCUUCAGAAUCAUUUGGCUCAGCAGCUCAUCAUCAGAAGCCCCCCUGUGAGAGUGAGUCGUCUCAGUUGAUGUGUCCAGAGGCUAGUGUGAGUAGGCUCACUUACGUGUCUGAACAAGAGAGCACCUGUCCCACCAUGGCCUCAGAUCAUGGCCUUGAGGACUGCAAGAGUGAUAUCACCAGUGAGUUGAGCACCACAAUUAUUCGAGCCAGUCCAAUUCCACCAGAGGAACAGACUGUGGAAAAUUUGAGAGAAAAAGAUUCAUUUCAAGGUAGAGGAAAAGAAACAUUAUCACAUAUUAUCCAGAGAAAAUCAGAUACAGAAAAAAUGACUGAAACUACUUCUCUGAGUAGCAAACCUGAAGAUAUAAAACCUAACUUUAGAUUUAGUAAAGAUCUUUCCUCCAAAAGUGAAGAUCUAUCGGAAACCACUGCCACCGGUUUGACUACAAACUCCAGCGAAUUGGACCAGAUCAGCCUGGCUCAUCUGAGCAAGUCAGGUCCCAGGCACCUGAUUGUGUCAGCAAUGCCACGCUUCCCUGUGACACUCCAGGCAUCUGUGAACGAAAGUGAGAGAGUAACUUCAGAAGAUACGUCAACUACCAACAGUGCAUUGAGUGGCCAGGUUCCUCAUCAGAUGGCCUCUGGAAGCCAGUGUGCCUCACUUCCCAGCUCUGUGAUUUAUGGCUCUGCUUUCGACAUGCAGAACAUUCCCACCUCAGUUCCUGCACUGUUGACUCGACAUUCUUUAGCCACAGCUCCCUUUGCCCAGCAGUAUUUGGGAACACUACCUGCAGCUGGAAAUGUGGCUUUGCCCCCGUGCUAUACAGGCAGCACCACCGUCUCUGGGUUCUCAGGAAACUGUUCUUACCCUGCUGUCACAGGCGAGCAUGUUCGGAACUCUGUGGCUGUGGACAUUUGUCUAGGACAAAAUAUCAGCUCUGGAUUGAUGGGUACUUCUUCCCUUUGUAACCCAUAUUCUAAUACCACACAUCAGAAUCUUCUAACUACAGCAAAAUCUUUUCCUGUGCAGUCUGUUGGUGCAAAUUAUGGAAUUGAACCAUGGGAUUCAGGAAUGAUGUCAGGAUUAGGGAAUGUAAGAGUACCUGAGGAAGUGAAGUUUCCUCAUGCUUGCUGUGUUGGUAUUGCUUCACAAACCCACCUUAGUGUACUUAAUCCAACCACCCGCUGGCUGCAGGUCAGCAUAGGAGUUCUCAGUGUUAGUGUUAAUGGUGAAAAGGUGGAUCUUUUAGCAUAUCCUUGUUUAGUUUUCAAGAAUAAAGUCAUCAUAAGACCUCAUGCCACAGAAGAGAUAAAAGUACUUUUCAUACCAAUCGAUCCUGGGAUUUUCAGAUGUAUUUUCAGUGUUGCUUCUUGGCCGUUUACAGCAGAUGCUGAGACAGUAGUCCAAGCAGAAGCCUUGGCCAGCAGAGUCAUUCUCACCGCUGUUGCCGAGACCCCUGUGAUCGAGGUAGAAACAGAAAAGAAAGAUGUUCUUGAUUUUGGUGACUUGACUUAUGGUGGCUGGAAAGCUCUCCCAUUAAAACUGAUAAACAAGACACAUGCCAUCGUGCCAAUCAGACUUAUUAUUAAUGCUAAUGCCAUAGCCUGGCGUUGCUUCACAUUUUCCAAGGAACCUGUCCAUGCUUCUAUGAGGGCUGCUCCUUAUGCUGAUGUGAUUGCUCAGCUGGCAGCUCCUUCUGUGAUCAAUCACAUGAUGCCAGCCAGUUACGAUGGACAGGACCCUGAAUUUUUUAUAAUUUGGGUUCUUUUCCAUAGUCCAAAGAAACACAUCACUUCUUCAGAGAUUCUGGACUCAGCAGAAGAAUUUUUGGCAAGAGUUGAUGUAGAAGUUGAUAGCCCAAACCCUACACCAGUCAUUAAAAGCAUUGGUCUUCGAGCCAGAACAGGAAUUGCUAGGAUACACGCCCCAAAAGACUUACAGACUAUGCAUUUGUUUGCCAGCGUAGCUUCCUCAACAAAACAGCACUUACCUUUGAAAAAUGCUGGGAAUAUUGACGUUUACUUAGAUAUCAAGAUCCCAGAUCAAGGAAGUCACUUUUCAGUGGUUCCAGAGACUCUAUUCCUUAAACCUGGAGAAGAACACGAAGUUAUUAUUUCAUUUACUCCAAAGGAUCCCCAAACCACUGAGGAAAGGAUCUUGAAAAUAUUUGUGCAGCCUUUUGGACCUCAGUAUGAAGUAGUGUUAAAAGGUGAAGUGGUUUCCUCAGAAAAUAAACCUCUAGCACCUGGAUCUGGCUGCUCAGACAUUCCGUCCAUUUUAUCCAACAAGCAGUUUUUGGCUUGGGGAGGUGUUCCUCUGGGCAGAACACAGCUUCAGAAACUAGCUUUAAGAAAUAAUUCUACGUCCACAACCCAACACUUGCGACUGCUGAUUAGAGGACAAGACCAGGACUGCUUUCAGCUUCAGCACACUUUUGGUUCCGAAGAGCGAUUGACUAGUAACUGUGAGAUCAAAAUUCGUCCAAAAGAAGACAUUACCAUCUUUGUGUUGUUUGCACCUACUCGAUUAUCUUGUAUGUUGGCUAAAUUAGAAAUUAAACAACUGGGAAUUCGAUCACAGCCAGGUACUAAGUUCACGAUACCUUUGUCUGGAUAUGGAGGAACAAGUAAUCUUAUUUUGGAAGACGUUAAAAAAUUAUCUGACAGUUACAUGGUAACAGUGAAUGACUUAAUACCUGGCAAAGAAAGGAGAAUUGUUUUUUCUAUUCGUAACACUGGCUCUCGGGCAGCUUUUGUAAAAGCUAUAGGUUUUAAGGAUUCUCAGAAAAAAGUUUUCCUGGAUCCUAAAGUAUUAAAGAUUUUCCCAGAUAAAUUUGUUCUUAAGGAAAAAACACAACAAGAUGUUACUAUAAUAUAUCAUCCAUCAGAGAGAGAUAGCAAUUACAAAACCACAACAGAAUUGUCAACUAUAUUCUUCUUUGGUGGAGAUGAAAUUUCACGACAGCAGUAUCGAAGAGCUCUGCUGCAUAAACCAGGGAUUCUAGAACAGAUACUUCCAGAGCAUAGUGUGCUUCAGAGCAUUGAUUUUGCUGAAACAUUUCAAGAUGAGCUACUAGUAACUGAAGUGUAUGAUCUUCCCCAGCGGCCUAAUGAUGUUCAACUCUUUUAUGGAAACAUGCGUAAAAUUGUGCUUUCAGUGAUUGGGGAAUUCAGAGAUUCCAUUUUUAGCAGAGAAUUUCUUCAGUCUUCUUCCAAAGCUAACUUAGAAUUUAAAAGUGACAGUCCUGGGAAACACGGUGGCAAUGUUUCUUUGGAUGUUUUACCAGUUAAAGGUCCUCAAAGUUCUCCACUUUCACAAGUUGUUCACCCACCUCAAGAUAAAUCAUCCUCUGAAGAAAUGUGGACUGUCCACCCUGAACACUUGAUUUUGGUAGCCCCUUCUACGUGUGACCUGGCAAAAACUGGACGAUUCCAAAUUUUAAAUAAUUCUGUUAGGUUACUGAAAUUUGAACUAUACUGGCCGGCACAUUGCCUUACGGUCACACCACAACAUGGAUUUAUUGAGCCAGAGAGUAAGCUACAGAUUCUUGUGAGUCCUAAUUCCUCCUCAUCCACAAAACAGUCAAUGUUCCCAUGGAGUGGUUUGAUCUAUAUUCACUGUGACAAUGGGCAGAAGAAAAUUGUGAAAGUUCAAAUUCGAGAAGACUUGACUCAAGCAGACCUUCUCACUCGUUUGGCCUCCAACCCAUUGGGAAUCCCUUUUCCAGUUACUGAGCCUUUAACUAGACAUCUUGUAAAGCCAAUGACAAAACCACCUUCCACAAAAGUUGAGAUAAGAAAUAAGACUGUUAUUUUUCCUACAACAGAACCUGGUGAAACUUCAGAAAAUUAUCUGGAACUUCAGAAUCAUGGUAACACAGAAGUAAAGUGGUAUCUGUCAUCUUUAGCUCCACCUUAUGUCAAGGCAGUCGAUGAAAGUGGAGAUGUUUUUAGAGCUACUUAUGCAGCAUUCAGAUGUUCUCCUAUUUCGGGAAUAAUGGAAAGCCAUGGCACCCAAAAGGUCUCUGUUACAUUUUUGCCCAGAGAUAAAGGGGAUUAUGCCCAGUUUUGGGAUGUUGAAUGUCACCCCCUUACAGAGCCUCACAUGAAACAUACCUUGAGAUUUCAACUUUCUGGACAAAGUGUCAAAGCAGAAAAUGAGCCUGAAAAUUCUUGUGUUUCUACAAAUACUCUUAUUAAAAUAGAUAAUUUAGUUAAGCCCCGAAGACAAGCUGUGUCAGAAGCUCCUGUUCCCAUACCUGGACACCUUGACUUGACCUGCCGUGGAGUUUAUGCCCCAGAAGAUGUGUAUCAGUUUCUACCAACCAAAGUUGGGGAAUCAAGGACUUUAAAAGUCAACUUGCGAAAUAAUUCUUUUAUUACACACGCGCUGAAGUUUUUAAGUCCCAGAGAGCCUUUCUACGUCAAGCAUUCAAAAUAUUCUUUGAGAGCCCAGCAUUACAUCAACAUGCCCGUGCAGUUCAAACCACAGGCCGUGGGCACAUUUGAAGCUUUGCUUGUUGUUCAAACUGAUGAAGGCAAGAGUGUAGCCAUUCGACUAAUUGGUGAAGCUCUUGAAAAAACUAACUAGGAUACAUUUUGUGUAAAGUAAAUGGACUAAGUUAUA